GCAAUCACCCAAGGAUAUGCUGUGGACUAUGUAAAAUUUUCAGAACACCAAAUGCAAAGAUUUGGUAGACUACUGACACAGAUGUUCAACACAGAGUGGGAAAAAGCUGUCAAUCGAAAUGCAGAAGAAGAAACAAUUUUAAUCCAUACAAUUAAUUGGGCUCCCCUGACGCACUAUCUCAAAAUUUACAGAAAAGAUCAAGAAAAGAAGAAACUCUUAGAUGAGGUUUGUGUGGGAAGAAUUGUUCAGGUUGUUACACUUAUCGAAAACAGAUUUCAGCUGAUUUGUGACGGGAACAUUACUCUGUCCGAUUUGAACCUGCUUUCUACAAAGGACAAGAAGUUUGAAGAACUUGCUCAGCUUGUUUAUUCUGAAAAAGAAUUGCCAGCUGGCUAUAUUCCAAAAGUUUUACAAGUGCGACAGAAGGAAAUGCAGGCUUUCCAUAUUCAAGCUGAGCAGAUGACUGUUUUGACAUCACUUUGUCAGCAUCUUGAAAAUGUUGAUAGAACGGAAGUUGAUGAUGUUCUCAAGAAGACAGGAAAUGGAGCAAAAGCUUGUAAAGUGAGUGAUUUCUGUGUACCAGCUGUUGUCAAGAAAGUUGAAAACAUUGAAAAUUUCCAGCCAAAGCUGUGUGCCUUUGAUGUUUCACAGCCUGUUUUAGAAAUGCUUCCAGAACUUCAAAAGUGCAAUGAAAGCAGUGUUUUCUUUUCUUUAUGGGGAGAUUGCUGCCGUGAACUGAGAAACCAGUGUACAACAUUAGAAGAUGUCUCAAAGAGGGUGUGGCAACCAGUUAGAACGAUGUGGUUACAGAUAGCUGGUUUAAUUGUAACAGGAGAUAUCAAUUUUAAAGACUUUGAGAAGCAAAUAGGUAAAACAUUCAAAGAUAACUACGGACAAAUGGAGGUAGAAUUAAGGACAAUGAGGAUCCCUGAAAGAAAAAUCAAGCAGCGGUUAGACCAGUUAAAAAAAUACAGACAGCUGGAAACAUGUGUGAAGGGAGCAAAAACAAUCCUUAAAUUUGCCAGAGAAUAUGGGUUAAAGGGUGAUUUUCACCAGAUUGAAGUCAUUGCACAACACACAGAAAAUGUCAUGGAAAUGAAGUCAUUUAACGACAAAGUGAUGAAGGCUUGUGAUUCGCUCAAGGACAUAGAACCUGCAAAAGAACAAUGUUUGAACACCUUUGUGAGAUGUGAACAACUGGUUAAGUGGCUGCAAGAAUCAAUGAAGAAAUCUGGUUUGAAAGAACUAAAGGUGUUUGUCGAUCUGGCAUUCAUGUCAGCCGGGGAUGAGCCAAUCAAUAUUGCACGUGUCCAGUGCCUUCAUUCUGCUGUAACAGGAUAUGCCCCACUCAUAUUUGACCUAGAUGAGAACUGUGACUAUAAACAACUACUUCAUCACUGUGCAGUUGUAUGGAAAGACCUAGAAGCGAAUCCUAAUCUUCCGCAACAGUUGAUCGACACAAGCCGCCAGCUACAGUGGUUAAAACAGAUCAAGAAAGCGCAUGGUUCAGUAGAAGUUACCUCCCUUAUGCAAGCUGAGGCAAUCAAUGCCAAUGGAAUAUUCACUGUUGGAAAAAAUGCAUGGAAGAAAGAUGACAGGGCACAAAAAACUGAUAAUACUUUACUGGUUGUAGCAGACACACUGAAGUUGACAGUACCAGAGAACGAGAUUAAGAGAGAGUUAAGGAACUACACAUUCUUCCAGCUACAGGACUUGCAGAGUCGACUAAUGCUGGUGGCAGGAAAAGCUGGAAAAGGCAAUGAGAGUGUUGACAGAUUUACCAUGAUAUUUGACAGCAUUACAAGGCUCAGCACAGUCUAUUUAAAACUUUGUUCUAGUGGUUGUGUUUUGUUCAAAGACUGGACUGCAAAAUUUCUGUGCAACCCUGAUCGCCCUGUUUGUGCUAUAUUGGAGUUUGGACAUGGUGAAGGAGUGCCACAACUAAAGGGUAGAGGAUCCACAUCAGAAGAUUUAAAAGACAUCAUUCGAGAACUUGCAAACUUUAUGGAGAAUUGUCUAGAAGAAUGGCUGAAGCACAUCAAAGAGAAACGCAAGAGUUACCUGCACCUUAACUACUAUACUGUUGACCAGUUGGUUAUCCUGCAGAGGGAGUUGGUAAAAAUGGGGACAGAGUUAGAGCCCUCUCAUCUUGUCUAUCCUCUGUUAUGUGCUGUAAAGGAAGAUUGUACACCAGAUGAUCUACUUGAGGCUAUGACAGCUGCGAAAGAGGAGAUAACUGUUGACACAAAUAUGGAAGAUGAAGACACAGGAGAUAGCGAGAGUGAUGACGGGGAAAUGCCAGUCUAUGCUACUGAAGAUGAGAAGAAAGCAAACUUUGUACAAGAGUUAGUACAAGCAGGAUACGAAGAGGCACUUGCAAUGAAAGCUUUCGAGUUUGUAGAAGACAAGGAAGAUGUCUCUGCUGGUAUUGUCUGGUGUAUGGACCAUGAUGACAUUGUAAUGUCUGAUGACCAUGAUAGAACAGAGACCGAAAAUAUUGAGCCAGUGGAUGAGAAGCUUACACAGCGACCUACCUUCAGUGGAUGGAGCCAAUCACAGACUGACAUACAAACCAUGAUCACAACUAACAUAUCUGGAUUGAAAAAGCAAAAAGAUGAUGGAUCUGCACCUUUGAUUGGUGACCUCAAAGCAUUAUGGAAACAGUUUUUGGAGUCCAUUACAUCCAACAUUCGAGACUAUCUUAGUCUUGAACACCUUGGUCUAAUCUUGAAUCAUCUUGCUAGGAAAA